GGAGAAUAUGACUUGCUCGAGGGUGCAGCUACCACUCCCAAACGUGUCUGGAAAUUGACAAACACGUACGAUGGAGAAGAAGAGAGUCUUGACACCUUUAUGUCAAGUCCUUACCUCGAAGCUCAGAAUAUAGCUGAUCUGGCUGUGGAAAAACACUUUGAGAAGUCGUUGGCUACUUUCCAUGCUAAACAAGCUGCUGCUGCAGCGGCCGCUGCCACUAGUAUAGAAGAUGAAGUGACCUCCAAAGCCUCUCUGGACCUAAGCCUUCCACGAACCCAACCACCAUUUAGUCCCUCCUCCUCCUCCUCUUCUUCCCAUUCAAGCUCAGCCUUGCUUUCUCCUAGAGAAGACCCGAAUGGUGGUCCCUCUUUCAAUCCGAAAAAGAAAUGGUUGGCACAGUAUGGAGACGAUGAGGUUGCCAGGACAGAUGUGGGUGAAAGGAAAAAUGAUGCCUGGAGUUCGGAUGAUAGCGCCUGGAAUGUGAAAAAUACUUUUAAUUUUUACAAGGAGUUUGCCAAACUUCGUAAACUUUCACGUGCUACGGCUGAACGAUCGCCCGAGGCCUCUCUAUCUCAGAGGGACUUUUUGUCAAUGACCCGGACAAUCAGUCUCGAGAUACCAUCCAUAGGAGAUAGCAUCGACUUUUUCGACGAUGAGGAUGAAGCUGUGAUGGUUACAAAAUCGAUAUCAGCACAGGAAAGUCCCGUCUCCUCCCCAAUAGCAGCCUCCUCUGGCUUUUUCACUGAUUCAACUUACUCUCUCGACUCCUUUAACCUUCCAGUGAUUUCUGAAGCCGGAUACUUAAGCUCUAACGUCUCGGUGAGCUCAAUCUUCAAAGCAAGGCAUUUAGCUGCUCCACGAGAGAACUCCAGCCAUGCUAAAAGGAAAGAACGGGGAUUUUUCGGUUGUGAAUCUGAGGAGAGAAAUGCUGAACGAUGCUGGCCGAUUCGAAAACGCACUGCCUUCAACGCAAGUGAUCUCUCCUGUUUCAAAAGAUCUCGAUCGGUAGUAGAUGCCGAUUGUGUUGAACAUUCGUAA